UUACGAACACUGGACAACACUGGCCGGCUGCUGGUGAAUUGAAGUUGCUGUGGUGAACUUUGUCUUUGUUGAGAAAAAAAUGUCGACGCGAAAAGUAUUUAAUCAUUAGUCAGAAAGCCUGUCUACACUAAUUCUUGUUUUUUUUUUUUUGUGGAGAAGAGCCAAUAAGAUUUUCGAUUAAGAGCUGGCUAAGAAAAGGAGCAAAACCAUAGCAAAGUUAUGUAAAUGCUUUAACUGCAAUUUAUGCAGCUAACAAUUUUGGAUUGUAAGCUUACAAUAGACUCCGCUGCGACUCAGACACGGUGGCGUUCCUGUUGACGACAAAGUGAAACUGCAGUGGGGAAAGUCGGCAAGAGACACACACAUACACAUACGCACACAGCCGUAUAGUGACAACAAGAACAGCAACAAGAAGAGGAAGAAGAAGAACAGCAACGAUAUGGAUAAUUGUGAUCCGGACGCUGGAUUCCGUCUGGGGCCCAUUAAAGAGGAGGUCAAGCCGGAUAUAUCGCAGUUAAAUGACAGCAACAACAGCAGCUUCUCCCCCAAGGCUGAGAGUCCAGGUCCCUUUCUGCAGGCGAUGAACAUGGUUAAUGUGCUGCCAGGCGGCGGCAAUAACAACAAUCAGAACCAGAAUCAGAAUCAAAUGGGGGCGCAGGCGCCGGCCGCACAGCAACAACAAUAUCCGCCAAAUCAUCCGUUGAGCGGGUCAAAGCAUUUGUGCUCCAUCUGUGGGGAUCGGGCCAGUGGCAAGCAUUAUGGCGUCUACAGCUGCGAGGGCUGCAAGGGCUUCUUCAAGCGCACGGUGCGCAAGGAUCUCACAUAUGCGUGCCGCGAGAAUCGCAACUGCAUCAUUGACAAGAGGCAGCGCAAUCGCUGCCAAUACUGUCGCUACCAGAAGUGCCUCUCCUGCGGCAUGAAACGGGAGGCGGUUCAAGAGGAGCGACAGCGCGGUGCACGCACCUCCACUGGUCGCUUGAAUGCAGCUGGCGGUGCUGCAACUGGUGGUGGUGUGAGUGGUGCCGGUGGCGGUGGCGGAAGCGGCAACAUUGGCGCCAAUAGUGCAUCCGAUGAUUUUAUGCCCAACAGCGUGUCCCGCGACUUUACCAUUGAGCGGCUCCUGGACGCCGAGCAGCGGGCGGAGGCGCACAGCGGCGACAGGGCACUGUCAUUUCUGCGCGUCGGUCCCAACUCGACGGUGCAGCCGGACUACAAGGGCGCCGUUUCAGCACUGUGUCAGGUGGUGAACAAACAGCUCUACCAGAUGGUCGAGUAUGCACGAUUGAUGCCCCAUUUUGCACAGCUGCCGCUGGAUGAUCAGGUGAUACUGCUGAAGGCCGCUUGGAACGAGCUGCUCAUUGCGAACGUGGCUUGGUGCAGCAUUGUCUCACUGGACGAUGCGCUGUCCGGGAUGGGGCAUGACAGCGCCUUUGAGCGUCGAUCGCCGGUGCUGCAGCCACAGCAGCUGUUUCUCAACCAGAGCUUCUCAUAUCAUCGCAACAGUGCCAUCAAGGCCGGCGUUCAUGCCAUCUUUGAUCGCAUCCUGUCCGAGCUGAGUGUUAAGAUGAAGCGUCUGAAUCUGGACAGGCGCGAGUUGUCCUGCCUGAAGGCGAUCAUACUGUACAAUCCAGAUAUACGCGGUAUCAAGAACCGUGCCGACAUCGAACUAUGCCGAGAGAAGGUGUACGCCUGCCUCGACGAGCACUGCCGAGUGGAGCAUCCGGGGGAUGAUGGUCGCUUUGCUCAGCUGCUGCUACGAUUGCCCGCACUGCGCUCCAUCAGUCUCAAGUGUCUGGAUCACCUGUUCUUCUUCCGAAUCAUCAGCGAUCGGCCGCUGGAGGAGCUGUUUAUCGAGCAGCUGGAGUCACAGCCACCGCCGGGCUUGAUACUAAAGCCCGAAUGAGUCUCAUCUGGACGAGCAUUAGAGUUGUUGAAUGUAUCGAUAGAAUGAUCAGUGAUCGAUGAUCGAUUAGAUCGGGAUCGAUUGAUUGUUUCAUUGUGAUUGAGUUUACUUGCAUUUCUCCUCGAAACACCCCGUUGUCAUCCUUGUCACCUCUCCAACUCCACCACUCCUUUUAAUUUGUAACAUGAAUACUAUUUAAUAUGAUAAUACUACAUUAUAAAUAUGUAAUUGUUUUUUUAUAUAUAUAUAUAUAUGUAUAUGAAUAUACAAUAUUAUAUAUAUAUAUAUUUUUUUUUUAAAUAAUUGCGAUCUAGAAAAUGUUUUCCUUAAGAUGAGAUGAUGCCCUCUCUGCGUUUAUUCCUAUGUAAACGAUAAAAAAAUAAAAGUAAUAAUACCAACAUAGUUAUAUGUAUGUGUAAAGCCGUAGCAUACAUACAUAAAUAGAUGUAUAUAUAUAACUAAAUAUGUAAUAAACAAAAAUUGUAAUUAUUUCUUAAAAUAAUUGUAUCCACAAGUUAUAAAAUACAUGCGAAUUAAUAUACUAUA